AUGUCUGAUUCUAUUGUCAACUCUGCAAAGUCAGUUCACAUAUUAUUUCUCCCUAGUGGCCUGGGAGUUGGACAAAUGGUUCCAUUUUUUCGACUAGCUUCCAUGUUAGCUUCACAUAGAUGUAGAAUCACCUUCAUUACUAUGCUACUUGAAAUAUCUACCACAAACUCUAGUUUCGUCUCCAACUUUUUUGCCAAUCACCCAGAAAUCAAUCGACUAGAUUUUCAAAUUCUUCCCUUGAAUACCUCAACUUCUCCGAUAAAUGAUCCAUUCAUCAUGCAAAUUGAUGCUAUUAGUAACUCACUUCACCAGCUCGCCCCUCUGGUGUCUUUGAAUGAACCAGUUUCUGCUAUUGUCUCCGACUUUAUUCUUGCAUCUAGUCUUUCACAAAUUGCUAAUAAUCUCAACAUUCCUCUUUACAAUAUCUCAACAACAUCAGCUAAAUUUUACUCUACUGUAGCAUACCUUCCUGUAUUGUUAUCCAAAGAUCCUGCUGCAUUUAAGUACUGUUCAAGCAAUCUUGAGAUCCCGGGUAUAGGAUCAGUUCCAAAAUCAAGCAUCCCUCGCUCAUGGCUGGACGAUUCACAAACAAACUAUGUAUUGAAAGCCUACUUGCUGCCAAAUGCUCGAGCUCUUCCUCAAGUGACUGGCGUCUUUCUAAACACCUUUCCCUGGUUUGAACCAGAAACAAUUGCUGCCCUCGAUGAUGGAAGAGUAACCAGUUCUCUUCCACUUGUAUUUCCUGUUGGCCCUGUGGGACAUUACAAGCUAGGAGAAGACAGUCAGUGUUCAUGGUUAGACGAACAACCUGCUGAAUCCGUUGUAUAUGUUAGCUUUGGUACUAGAGAGCCGAUUUCUUCACAACAACUGCGAGAAAUAGGAAAAGGAUUAGAGAUAUGCGGAUAUAAGUUUCUAUGGGUGCUAAAAGAAGAGCUUCAAGAAUUGUUUGAGAAUACAGUCCUGGAGGAGAUGGAAAAGAAAGGGAAAAUAAUGAAAGCAGGGGAUUAUGAGGAAGCUAUUAUGGACCAUCCAGCUAUUGGACUUUUCGUGAACCAGUGCGAAUGGGAUUCAGUGAUGAAUGCAGCUUGGUCAGGGGUGCCAAUACUGGCGUGGCCACAGCAUGGUGAUCAAAAAUUGAAUGCAGAAGCUGUAGAGAAGGCAGGAUUGGGGAGGUGGGUAGAAGAAUGGGGUUGGGGUGAGGAAAAUCUAGUGAAUGGUGGAAGGAUUGCAGAGAUGGUGAAAAACUUAAUGGGAGAUGUUAAUAUGAAGGUAAACGCUAUGAAAGUGAGGGAACAAGCUAGGAAGGCCAAGGAAAUCGGAGGGAGCUCAGAGAAGAGGCUGAGGAAAUUCAUCGAAACAUUAAAAUCAGAACAAAAAUGA